UCGUCCCCAGCCCACACAUCUUGAAAGCAGUUGGAGUUCUUUUCAUACUGUUUUGCCUUGGGAUGGGCUCCUUCUGUGACUUUGCAAUAGGUAGUUCAAGUUGGAUUUCUCUAUCACUGCAUACUCAUGCUGGAAAGGUUCCACAGAUUCAUUCUUGCCUGCCACGCAGUUCUUAAAAGCGUGUCUCGCUUUGUUGCUAGGUAAUGCCGCCGAGUGCAAGAUGCCAAGGUGCAGGCUUUGGAGGAGCUUCCUGGACCCGUAUUGCACAGAGGCAUAUGCAGUUUAGCCAAAGAUAUUCAUCCCUAAGCCCCAUCAGCUCUUGAACCUUUACAGUUUAGAGGUAUGGAGGAUGAAGAAGGGUACAUGGCAUUAAAUCGGCUUUCUUCACAUUCUAAAAGGACCCAAGAUAUGUCCAGAAAUGCUAUGUGGCACAAAAUCUCAAUGGGAAUAUUGGUGGUUACCUGUAUCAUUCUGGGAUCGGCUGUGAUUGGGCUGAGUGUCCUUGGCUUCCCAGAUGCACCUGGCUGGCCACUGCAUGCAGCAGGAUGCUGGACUAAAUGGGCCUUUGACCUGACCCAGCCGAGCUUUUCCUAUGUUCUUGACUGGCACUCAAAAUUUUUUCAGGGAAGCUUCCACAAAAGAGAGACCGCAGAGCUCUUAUAUGCCACUGAAGCGGAAGGCCUACCAGGAUGCUCUUCCUGUUUUGAGGAACUCACUCAACUGAAAUCUGAUUUGUGUGAAUCUCCAACAGAGAAAAGAGUGUGUGCGCUAUGUCCAAUGAACUGGGUGCCACGAAAGGGAAAGUGCUAUUGGUUUUCUAAAGAGACCAGUAAAUGGAUUGAGGCUCAGGACUACUGUUUCAGGAGAGGAGCCCAAAUGCUUGUGGUUCAGGACUUGGAAGAAAAGGAAUUCAUACAGAACAGGAUUGAAGGGAAAUUUCGCUUUUGGAUUGGACUCAACUUUACAGUCCAUAAGAACAACUGGACCUGGAUAGACAGUUCAGUCUUAGAUCCAACUUUGUUCUUAAUACCUCCCCCGCCAACAAGUAGUAGAUGUGGGGUCCUUAAAGUUGACGAAAUCAUUUCUGAAAUGUGCACUGACCAAUUUAAAUGGAUUUGUGAGAAGGAAGGAAUCAUAUUGAAGCCGUAAAAUAAAGGCUGUUGCACAAAGCCACCAGCAGUGAGAGCAGUCUUUUCUAGCUUGUGGGAACCAUCCUACAACAGGGAAAUACAGCUGUGUUUUGUU